AUGAAACUUGAUCCAAAUCAGGAGGUACAGGAGUACAGUGGAGCAGGACGUCGGGUGGUGUGUGUCCAUCUCUUCAUCGUGCUGAUGAUCAUCUCGCUCGCCUGGCUCGUCUUCUACUACAUCCAGAAGGUUCAGAUAGCCAACGCACGCGACCGGAACCAGGUACGGGGACCGGACCGCCAGCGGAAGGCCAUCAGCAAGCUGCAGGUUUCCGCACCAUUCAAGGGAAGGAGCGACCAGGAGACGGGAGGCCGGACUUCGGACAACUGUGCCGUUCUGCAUCGAUGGCUACAAGCGCCAACGACGUCGGUCCGAAUACUGCCCUGCAGACAUUUGUUCCAUAAAGCCUGCGUGGAUCCGUGGCUGCUGGAUCACUGCCACGUUUCCAAUGUGCCAAGAUGAAACAUCCUCAAAAGCCCUGGGGCAAUCCUGAACGCAGAUUGUCUGGACGACCUUGCCGCUUGGACUACGACCUCGCUCUGGGGCGGCGUGGGCGGAGUCGGCGGGUGGUGCGGAGUCGGCCCUGGCGCUGGAGGCCGUGGUGUCUGGGCGUCGAGCGACGGCACGCUGGAGCGAGGGCGGCUCCUCGUGGUGCUGGACCCCGGCGUGCGGCGUGGACUCCGCUAGGACUACCAGGACCCCGACACCCUCAGGAGACAGCCCCUGACAGCCACACAGGACACAACCACAGGUGAGCUACAGCCGAUGGCGAGCAGCGCCUCGGUGGCGUCCCUGGUCAUCACCGUGGAAACGGGUCUCUCGGACGAGGAGGGGUCCAUGGAGCAGUCUCAGCUGGGGGACAAGUCCUGAGAGGAGCCGAACAGAACCGAACCAGAUCCCCCACCCCCACCCCCAAAAAAAGGACUCCGAUCAGGUUCAGCGGACCUGAAUGCACUCAGGACCCAGGACCCGGUUCUGGGUUUAACACAUAGUCAGCAUUGUCGUCCGUGUGAUAUAAAACCAAACCAACUCGUCUAAAAGCAGGACUUUGUGCGUGUGAGUUGGUUCUUGGUUCCCGACCUGGUUUGGUUUUUAGUCUCCUCUUGGACCGGUUAGACCCCGAACCCAGAACUUUAUCCAGUGUGUGUUUAACCCGGAGAUAUAACUCCGUCUGUCGCUGCCUCUGUUGACGCUGUUUCUCGGAACAGAAGCUCCGACUCAUUUCAGAUGUUGUGGAACUCGACGGGAUUCGAACGCGUUUAUACUCCGAGAAACACUGAAACUCGUGUGGAAACAGGGUAGAACCUGAGGAAGUCGUCCGCCAAAUGAGCCAAUCUGGAGGAUGAAUGCAUUAAAACUUCCUGGUUGUGUCUGACAGCGAAAUCCAGGACCAGGACCAAGACCAGGACCGGGAGUCGACUCUCGUCUUCGGACCUUCUGCUGGAAAAUUCUGUCACAUGGGUUUUUCCUGAUAAAGAGGCACAAAAACUUUAAACCUCUGAGCUCGUCCUGGUCUGGAAGGUUAAAUUAGCCCCUUUUUUUUUUUUUUUCGAUUUUUGUUUCUGGAUGCGGUGACUGACUUUUAUUUUGAAAGGACACACCAGCUACUCUGGGCAGAAGAUUCAGUUUUUGUUGUUUUAUUUUGCUAAAAACGGUGGCAGUAUUAGAGCUACAGUUUGACUGCAGUAUUGAUUAGCAACUACACAGUGUUUUAAUUCCUCUUUCUGCCUGUCUGUAGGUUUCUAGGCUCCUUUUUAAUCUUCAAGAUACUCCGACAGUAUUUUGGUUUGGAUGCUUCCCGAGGCUCCAAACAAAACAGGGUUCCUAUGUGAGAACGUGCUGUUGACUGUUAGCCGGGCCGUGCAGAGUAUUAUAAGGUAGGAGAAAGGUUGACGAAAUGUAGGAUUUCACUACAAGAAUUUAAAUAAUAACAAUAAACGUGUGACACUAGUGGGAAGAUCUUGCAGCUUGGGUCUUCGAAGCGUUCAUGGGGAGAAAUGCCACAAUGAUGGAGAGUUUUCAGCUGCACCAUCCACCUGUUCUCCUCUUGUAGUAGUUUAUCAGCAGUUAAACUUGUUUACCGCCGGGCAGACACUGCACGAUCCUGUUCUGUUCACUUUGGGAUGCUCACGCUGAUUUUAAAUUAAAAUUCAGACUACUAAACGAGUAAGAAAACACUCAAAAUUGAGCGAAAUUUAGGUUAAACGUCGCAAAAAUGUGCUGCGUUACGUUAUUAAUCGUAAAUAUCAUUAAUAAUUUCCUCAGAGAGAUCAGAGUCCGUCAUCUUGGGUUUGCAAUCCGACGAUCUGUUAGAAAUUCGGUCUGAUAAUUUGGGUUUAACUCGUGCAGCGUCCGCCUGGCGUCAGAUACACAGACUUUCCCCAUCAGUCUUCCAUCGUGGCCGUCUCUCCUGAGCCCGAACAUUCGGUAUAACGCCUUGUAGGAACCCUGCCUUUAUUGUUGCCUUGUUUUGUUGUUUCACCGUCCGUCUGCCUGACCACCACGUGUCCGUUUCCCCCCCGUGCUGCCUUUUAAAAAUAAAACAAAGAACAAACUUUAAACCCCGACAAUCAUCAGAUCUUUAACGUAGCUAGUCAGGGGAUCUCUUCUCUGAAACGUGAGCAAACGUGAACUAAGAACCCGCAUGUGUGUCCGCCGCAGACGGCGUGUUAGCUGCCCUUUUUAAAUUAACGCCACCAAAACAAACUGUGAAAGGCGUUUAAAAAAUAAAAUAGGUUUACACAGUCGUAGAAACACAUUAAGAGCAAAAGCUUUCCCCGCUUUAGUGAGUGUAAAUAUAUGAAAACGCGUAUUCCACAGAUUCACUGCGCCGCGCGGGCGGCGAGGGGUCGCGUCGCGGUUUGUCGCCGGGCAACCGCGAGCUUCCUGAAACGAGAGAUUAAAAAAAAAAAAAAAAGAUUGUCAUCUAUUUUGAUACCAGAGGAGAAGUUUAUUUUUGUAACAGAGACACCCAGCAGCAAAGACUGACCUCCCUCCCCCCUCACGACCUGGUGAUCCUCAAUGUGAUUGAGUAUUGAUCGGCAGAUUUAAGUGUUUGAUUAUUUGUGUAAUUGUACAUACGGAACGCAAAUUCAUGACAUGAAUUUAAACUAUUGGAAGUUUGUUUGUUUGUAAACAUUCAGGAUCCGAUAGUCGAUGUAGCCGGAGGAAAACUGAACCCGAGAGAAUUUAACCGUCCUAAGCCCCGCCCCUUUUUGGCUCUCUGCUCCAAUAACGGUUGCGCAAGCCUCGAUCAAUUUCCCUCCUUUCCUGUGCUUUGAUAUGCUACGUGCUAGGCUAAUCUAGGUUGAAAAGAGUAAAAGCCUAGCACGUAGCAUAUCUAAGGUGGAAGUUGACCGAGGCUUGCUCGACUGUGAUUGGAGCAGAGAGCCAAAAGUGGGCGGGGCUUACGAAGGGUCAUUUGAGCCCGAGUGUAGACCAACACUGUUUAUUUCCCGCCUCUCUUUCGAUGCUAAUGUCUUAAAAUUAAUUCAAACAGACUUCCUCAAACUGAAUUCAGGACCUAAAACAAUAAAUUGAAGUGAAGGUCUUUUAACGGCCUUUUUAUGUACAUAUUGUUUUUCAAAUUAAAGCAACUUCCAGGACAAGAUGAGUCUGUAAAUUCAGGCAAAGAAAACCGCCUCCAAAAUAAAACCCCGGGAUGAAAAGUGUUUGUGUUUCCAGUCCUUCCAACGAGUUAAUUUCCCCUCAGGUUCAGAAAGUAAGUAUUUUUAAGUUUCUUCCUACUUUUAAUCUGUCGUCUCUCCUCGGUUUAACAUCCGAGGACGAGUUCAUUCUCAGUUAUCAGCUAUAUAACAAACACUAGUUAAUUUAAACACCUGUAACAGUGGCGCAGAGCGUGUUUGCUGUAAUAUGCGAACAAUGGGUUUGUAUCGCCUUGUCUUGGCCAAUUUUAAGCGAAUAAUGUUUUUAAUUAAAGUCACUUACUUUUGUGUUUAUAAGCUUUAUUUUCAAGGGAUUUAAUUGUUAUUUUCACAUUUGCACUGUUUCAUUGUUUUGUUUUUAAUGCGACUGCGAUUCUGCUGCCAACGUAGUGAAAGUGAACUCAACCCUCCUCCUUCCUGUCGAGACUGAGGCUGCUGUGGCAUGUCGGUCCCACCUUUAAAUAUCCAGAUCGAACCUCAAAUAAAGUUUCAUUACAAACCCAAAAUGUGUCAAAUCAUCAAAAACGGUCAAAUACAGAAAGCUGGCGUCAAAAAUGUCUCUUUGAUCAAAUAGUUUCUGAUUUCAGUCUUUUUUUUUUUUUUUUUUUAGGUUAAUUUCUGUUUGGCUGUUUUUGUUUUGAUAACAUUUUACAUUUGAGAAGUUUAGUUUAUUUUGUUAGUUAUAUUUUUCAAAGUAAAAGUAUUGCUUUGGUAUCGGUACCAAAGCCCUGCGUUUGUGCAAAAUGCUAACUAUCUAACUAUUGAUGUAGAUUAGCUAGCUCGCUAACAAUAACUAGCUAAUCUACAUCAAAUUAACCAGCUAUCAUCAAGUUAGCUGCUGUUAGCAAAAUGCUCAUUUACAUUAGCUGUUAGUUAACUAGUUAGCCAACAUUUUGCUAACAAUAGCUAACUUGCGUUUAGUUUUCAGAUGUUACUACCUAGCUAACAAUUGAAGUAGAGUAGCUAUUUAGCUAUGACUGCCCUUCCUUAAUAACUUUAACCCGUUUUAACGAGCUAGUUAACGUAAAUACACUAAUUAGAAAGCUUUACGGAUCUGUUAUGUCAUUUUUAGGGAUUUUUACGUGUGAAUGGGGAAAAACGAGUUAUUUUAGUGCCGACACAAUAAUUGAUUGAUUCAAAUAAUUUAAUAUUAAACUAUUAAACUUCAGAUUCGGUAUGUUUGGGCACUAAAAUACCUCCAUACAUUUGUCCAUUUCACACCUAAAGAUGAACGCAGAUAUUUUCUGUUUACGAUUAUUUGUGACACUUAACGUGAUUUCCUGCUUCGUUAACGUAAACAGAUUCAAAGAAAAUAACAAGAUCUCAUUUUAUAACUACGACUGUUAUAAUUAUGAGUAAAUCAAAAAUGUAAGAUUGGAGACGAGAUCAUUUCAAUGACGUUUUAGUCUUGAUAGAAAUAAUAGAUUUUAUAAAUCAAAAUCAAAAGUUUUUCAAUAAGCUAACGAGUUAAAAUGGGACCCUCGUGUCACUGCCAGUAAUGACGUCUGAUUGGUUCUUUGUUUUCGCCGAAUGCUGUGUUUUCAUUGGUUGCUUCGCCUCUUUUGUUGAUGCACUUUAAUUCUGUUUCUCUGGAAGGUUCUGAUAGAUCUCUCCUUUUAUACUCCCGAUCGCUCUCAACGGACAUUUAAAUUUCUCUCCGACUUUUAUUUCCGCUGUAUUUUACUUUGAUUCUUUCCCACUUCGGUUGUUGUUUGUUUUCCACUUUAUUCUCUUUUCUUGCCUUUUUUAAAAAGAUUUCUAUGUUGGGAAUGUACGGGAUCGCUCGUUUAUCUUGAAAAUAUAUAUUAGUCACAUCUUAAGUUACCUAAUGUUAGCAAAAUGUUGACUGACUACCUUAAUAACGAUUGAUGUACAUUAACUCGCUAAUCUACAUCAGUCGUUAGGUAGCUAGUUAGCUAUUGUUUUGUUCUGUAGCAAAAUGCUAGUUAAUUAGCUUUAUAACGAUUGUAAAUGAGCUAACAUUAGCUAACUUAGGAUGUGACUCUGUAUAUGUCAUCAAGUUUUUCCAAAUGUCUGUUUUGCUGCUUUUGUUUUGACAAAAUUUUACAUUUGAGAAGUUUAGUUUCUUUUCUUAGUUAUGUUUCUUAAAGUAUUAUUUUGGUACCAAAACCCGCAAAUGUGCAAAAUGCUAACUAGCUAUCUAUCUCACUAGUGAUGUUGAUUAGCUAACUAGUUAGUUUACAUAAACUUUCUAAUCUGCAUCAAGUUAGCUACUGUUAGCAAAAGUUGGCUAACUAGCUAACUAACAAUUUAUGUAAGCAUAUAAAUUAGCUAAUGUUAGCAAAAUAUAAUGAUUUAUGUAAAUUAGCGUUUUGCUAACAUUAGUUUUCAGAUGUAACUACCUAGCUAAUGAUUGAUGCAGAUUAGGUAGCUCGUGUUUUGCUUUGCUAACCAGCUAUUUGUUUUUAUUCUCUUUUCUUGUCUUCCUGUAUGAUUUCUAUGUUGGAAAUGUGGGAGAUUGUUUUGUGUGAUGUUGAUAAAGAUCUGAUAGACCUUAAACUACAAAUUGUACAAAUUUGUAGACUGACUGCCAUAUAUUUUUGCCAUAUAUUGUAAUUUGUGUUGUAGUUUAUGAGGCAGGUGAAUCCUGAGCCACGUAAUCCCACUGGGGAUUAUACAUUAUAAUCUCUACGCCGCCUGCUUGUUGGUGGAUUUAAGUACAUUUCAGCAGUUCUGAUUGUGUUAAAUUAGUGUUAAAUCACAGCUAUAGAAGACGGCAUCAUCUGCAAAGAAACAAAAGCAAAAGAACAAAAACAGACGUUUCAGAUCCUUCCAGAGAGACGAUACGAUGCGAUGUAGCCGCGUUAACCCCUCUGCUACCAUGACAACAGGGUGUGAAAUGGUGUCGUGUGUGUUUCUACAAUAUUAAUUGUUUUUCAGAGCGUCUGUUUGUGUGGUUGUCCUGUGCACGCAAACACAAAAAUACCUACAUACACACGUGUAAAUACAAGGCGGCGUGACGCCAUGUUGUUUCUGUGUUUCAGUUGUUGCACGUGUUCUGAUUCAGGACAGAAUUUAAAUAAAAUUUUAUUGCAAGUUUUUGUUUUUAUUCCA